AGAUAAGGGAGGGGUUUUUUUAAUGGUACGGAGUGGCUGAUUGGAGGCUGCAGCUUUGCUCGGGUGCUUGCGGUCAAUUCAUGCUGGGACAGCUCUUUGUGAAGCAGAGGGCGAAGGGGGCUGUGGGCUGGUGCUGCUGAGGGAGGAGAUGGAGCGCUUCUUGGGCUUCGUCAAGCAGAUAAGAAGAUCAAGAAGAAGAAAAGGCAAAAAGUACCGGCCAGAGGAGGAUUACCACGAGGGCUAUGAGGACGUCUACUAUUAUGCCUCAGAGCAUUUUCGAAAUGAGAGUCCUUACACAAAGUCUGCAAACCAGGCAAAGGCACCUGAUGGAGCACUGUCUGUGAGGAGACAGAGUAUUCCAGAGGAAUUCAAGGGCUCAACAAUAGUUGAAUUAAUGAAAAAAGAAGGCACAACCCUAGGGCUUACAGUAUCAGGUGGAAUCGACAAGGAUGGGAAACCAAGAGUAUCUAACCUUCGUCAAGGAGGAAUCGCUGCUAGGAGUGACCAGCUGGAUGUAGGUGACUACAUCAAAUCUGUGAAUGGAAUCAACCUGACCAAAUUUCGUCAUGAUGAGAUCAUCAGCCUGCUCAAGAACGUUGGCGAGAGGGUUGUUUUAGAAGUGGAAUAUGAACUGCCUCCAGUCUCUGUACAAGGAUCAGGUCUCAUCUUUAGAACUGUGGAAGUUACGUUACAUAAAGAGGGGAACACUUUUGGAUUUGUAAUAAGAGGUGGAGCACAUGAUGACAGAAAUAAAUCUCGUCCUGUUGUAAUAACAUGUGUUAGACCUGGAGGGCCUGCUGACAGAGAGGGCACAAUCAAACCUGGGGACAGGCUGCUGAGUGUUGAUGGGAUCCGACUGCUCGGAACAACACAUGCCGAAGCCAUGAGCAUUCUCAAACAGUGUGGACAGGAGGCAACUCUGCUGGUUGAAUACGAUGUCUCAGUGAUGGAUUCAGUAGCAACAGCGUCUGGGCCACUGCUAGUUGAAGUUGCUAAAACUCCCGGUGCUGCUCUUGGUCUUGCACUAACUACCUCGAUGUGCUGCAACAAACAGGUCAUUGUCAUAGACAAAAUCAAAUCUGCGAGUAUUGCAGACAGAUGUGGUGCAUUACAUGUAGGAGACCAUAUUCUGUCCAUUGAUGGCACCAGCAUGGAGUACUGUACGCUGGCAGAAGCAACACAGUUUUUGGCUAAUGCAGCAGAUAAUGUCAAACUUGAGAUCCUUCCUCACCACCAGACACGGCUAGCACUGAAAGGACCAGAGCACGUGAAGGUUCAAAGAAGCAACAGGCAACUUACCUGGGAUUCGUGUACCAACAGCCACAGCAGCCUCCUCACCUACCACCAUUAUAACACCUACCACCCUGACCAUUGCAGGAUGCCAGCCUUGAAAUUCCAGAAAUCGCCUCCUCAAAAAAGCCUUCCUUUGGUGUCUUCAUCCUUCUCUCCUACCUCCAUGAGCGCAUACAGCCUGAGUUCCCUGAACAUGGGGACCUUACCUCGCAGCCUCUACUCCACCAGCCCACGUGGGACAAUGAUGAGGCGGAGGAUGAAAAAGAAGGACUUCAAAAGCUCCUUGUCUUUAGCCUCUAGCACUGUUGGUUUGGCUGGGCAGGUCGUCCACACGGAAACCACAGAAGUCGUGCUGACAGCUGACCCCAUAGUAGGGUUUGGGAUACAGCUCCAGGGUAGCGUGUUUGCUACUGAGACCUUGUCUUCUCCACCUCUCAUUUCCUAUAUUGAGUCUGACAGUCCAGCGGAAAGGUGUGGGGUGCUGCAAAUAGGAGACAGAAUAGUGGCAAUAAACGGUGUCCCAACGGAAGACAGCACAUUUGAUGAGGCCAAUCAGCUGCUCAGAGACUCCUCUAUCACCAACAAGGUCACUUUGGAAAUAGAGUUUGAUGUUGCAGAAUCUGUUAUACCAAGCAGUGGAACGUUUCAUGUAAAACUACCAAAGAAGCAUAAUGUGGAACUUGGCAUCACCAUAAGUUCUCCAUCCAGUAGAAAACCAGGGGACCCUCUGGUUAUUUCUGAUAUCAAGAAAGGAAGUGUUGCUCACAGAACUGGGACACUCGAACUGGGUGACAAGUUGCUUGCAAUAGAUAACAUUCGACUUGACAAUUGCUCAAUGGAAGAUGCUGUCCAGAUCCUUCAGCACUGUGAGGACCUAGUAAAGUUAAAGAUCCGCAAAGAUGAAGAUAAUUCCGAUGAACAGGAGAGCUCUGGAGCAAUUAUUUAUACUGUUGAGCUUAAGCGCUAUGGUGGGCCUCUUGGAAUUACAAUCUCUGGUACUGAAGAGCCCUUUGAUCCCAUAAUCAUUUCCAGCCUUACAAAAGGAGGAUUAGCUGAAAGGACUGGGGCAAUUCACAUAGGAGACAGAAUCUUAGCAAUAAAUAGUAGCAGUCUGAAAGGAAAACCUUUGAGUGAAGCCAUUCAUUUAUUACAGAUGGCAGGAGAAACUGUCACCUUGAAAAUCAAGAAGCAGACAGAUGCUACCAGUCCCAAGAAAUUUUCAGUCCCUGGGGGUCACAUAAGUGAAUUGAGCGAUGCUGAAGAUGAAACCUCUGCUGCACAGAAAUCUGGCAAACUCUCAGACAUCUAUUCCACUACAGUCCCAAGUGUUGACAGUGCAGUAGAGUCGUGGGAUGGCUCUGGUAUUGAUACCAGCUUUGGAAAUCAAGGACACAGCUAUCAGGCUUCAGGAUACAACUUCAAUGCCUAUGAAUGGAGGAGUCCUAAACAGACUAGUUUGUCCCCUCCAAGCAAACCACGAAACCACCCAUUUCAUGAUACAGGGCUGAGUGAUGACGAAUGGGACCGACCUACAGCAAGCAGCACAGCUUCCAAGAAUAUGUGGCAACAGAAGGAGGCUGAGACAUUGGGAGAGACUCAAGAAAACCACUUAAAGCAAACUUCUGUAGAAAGGUCAGGGGGAGAGAGCAUCAGAAGCACGAAGAAAGAGGGCAAGAUGUGGAAAGGUGCCUCUGGUGGGCAAAGGAAAGGUGGGGGACAGCUGGAAGAGUGGAAUACUUCCAGCUUCGCAGGUACCCAUGAUAACACCGAGGCUGACCAGGAGGAAAAUUUCUGGUCUCAGGCUCUGGAGGAUUUAGAGACCUGUGGCCAGUCAGGAAUUCUGAGGGAACUAGAGGACAAGGCUGACAGGCGUCUGUGUUUGAGAAACAUGACUCUCUUGGCCACAAUUAUGUCAGGAAGUACAAUGAGUUUGAAUCAUGAAAACACACAACCUCGUAACCAGCUGGGAAGACAAGCCAGCUUCCAGGAAAGAAGUACUGUAAGGCCACAUUACAGUCAAGCUACUCGUAGCAACACACUGCCGUCAGAUGUGGGGAGAAAGUCCAUGGUUCUGAGAAAAAUUAAGCAAGAAAUGAAAGAAAUCAUGUCACCAACUCCUGUGGAGUUACACAAGGUAACUUUGUACAAGGACUCUGAGGGAGAAGACUUUGGGUUCAGCGUCUCAGAUGGUUUAUUGGAAAAAGGCGUGUACGUUAAAAACAUUCGACCAGCUGGCCCGGGCGAUCUGGGAGGUUUAAAACCAUACGACAGACUUUUACAGGUAAACCACGUUCGCACCAGAGACUUUGACUGCUGUCUAGUUGUGCCCCUCAUCGCAGAAUCCGGCAACAAGCUGGAACUGGUGAUCAGCAGAAACCCCCUGGCAUCUCAGAAAGGAAGCUCCGACCAGCAGACUUCAGCGAGCGGGGAGUGGAGUGAUCAGAGCAAUGCCUUCCUUCAGCAGAGUGGACACGCCAACAUUCAUACGGAGACACGGGAUCCUACAAAUACCUUAUAGCAGAAAACCAUUCUAGUGGGACAUUUGGCAACGAAAGAUAAUUAAUGGUGCUAAAUCCUUUGAAGAUUUCUCUGAGAUUGAGGCUCAGACACUAUCUAGCACUAAAAAGCACAGGAGGUCAGGCUGUCUGUCUCAAGGCUUAUAUUAAUUCACAGUUCCUUUGGAAAAAGUUUAAUUCUUUGUUAAGUCAAGUCAUUCCAUUCUAAGCAAUCUAUCGUUAGCAACAGUAUGAAGACUCGUAAGGACCUUUUUUCCCCCCCAAAUAAGAACCUGGGGAGAGGUCUGAAACAUGAUUUAAACGUUCCUCUCCCUUCAUCAGCAGCCGCUGGUUGAGGGAAAAAGCACAGAGUUAACCUCUGCUAGCCCUGCUGCCCAGGUGACGUGCUUUUUAAAAACAUUUUAUCAGAAAGAUGCCGUCUGAUGGACAAGGAGUGGUCUCGCUGCACCGGGUUUUCUUGUUUAACGGCGACACCCGUGAUGGUGGGGCCCCCGGCCCUGCUGGCAGGAGUGCCCCCUUCGGCCACAGCCCGCUUUGGAGGUGGUACCAAAACGCUCGCAGGCAGCCGCAGGACGCGGUGACCGCUGCUCCCCACCUCGGGUAAAUUCUGUUGGAACAUGUUAUUCCCUAUGCAAUGAAAUAGUUCCUGGUCUGUCUCGCAACCUGUGGGGAUUUUGAAGCAGCGACUUUUUUAGUGGGUUGAAACCUCAGAAGGAGGAUUACUAGCAAGAGUAAAUCUGAAACGAGUUGAGACAAAUUAGAAAGGUUUUAAAAGAAAAUGGCUUUCUCAAAACUAUGUCAGUGGAGGAUCGAGACAAAAGCUCUUUCAUGAUACAUAGACCUGUAAACUUGUACUGUCACACGUGAGCUUUUUAAGUCAAACAACUUCUUGAAGGGACUAAAGUCCCGUUUAAUAUGCUUUGUUUUCAGCCUUCUUUAUGAUAAACGUUACCCCCUGCAACACGUUUUUAGAAUUUAAAAUUGUAAAUAUCUUUUACAAACACAUCAAAUUCUCUCUUCUCCCCUCUCCCCCCAAGCAAUAAAAGAACUGCCAGUUGCUUUAUAUGCUCACCAGCAGCUGCUUUGGUUUAUUCCAGUCUUCAAGUUGUUAUUGGUAAUUCUUGUUCUUGGUGAAUAUAAAGAUACUGGAUUUGUACAUUUGUAGAGUCUCCAUAUCUAAGCAAUCACCUCACAGAGUUGUUUCUGGUCAAUUUAAACUGUUUAACUGUAGCCCUGUUGCUGUUUCCAAUACGUGAACGAGCUCACCUGCCCUGCACACUCAAGUAUCUCCGAUUUCUAUUUCAGCACUGCCAGGAAAGGUCAGAAUGACAUUCAAUGCUGAAUCAUGUUAAAAAAAAAAAGUUCAUGAGUCACUUAAAUAUGUAUUUUUAUUUGUAACAAAUAAGUAUUAAACUGUAAAGUAUUUUUGUACAAAUUUAAUACUUUAAUAGCAUGAUAUUUAUCGUCUAUGUUAUGUUUUUUGAAAAUCAAACUGUUGCAAAUAUUUGUAUGGAAAAACUGCAUAAAUUGAAAUAAACAGUGAUUUAAAGACAUUAAAA